AUGGUGAAUUUUCCAGUCGCUGUGGGCUCCCUCCAGCGAGUGCUAUUGCCCAUGCGGAUCUUCUUCCUUAUCCACCUGUUCCUGCUCCUUCAGGCUGGGAGGCUGAAUCCAGGUAGUGAGGUCAAGGUGGUCGGCCCCGAGGAGCCCAUCCUGGCGCGCGUCGGGGAGGAGGUGGAGUUCCCCUGCCACCUGUCGCCGUACCAGGACGCCGAGCACAUGGAGAUCCGCUGGUUCCGCAGCCGGGCCUCCGAGGUGGUGCACCUGUACCAGCAGCGGCAGGAGCUGCUCGGCCAGCAGCUCGCACAGUUCCAGAACAGGACCAAACUCAUCAUCGACGACAUCGCGGAGGGCAGCGUGAUCCUGCAGCUUCACAGCGUCAUCCCGGCGGACGAGGGGGCCUACGGGUGCCUCUUCCUCUCCAGCGACUUCUUUGGGGAAGCUGUGUGGGAGCUGGAGGUAACAGGACUGGGUGAGGACCCUCACAUAUCUCUUGAGGGCUUCAAGGAGGGAGGCAUUCAGCUGAGGUGCCGCUCCAAUGGCUGGUACCCCAAGCCCAAGGCUCAGUGGAAAAACCAUCAGGGACAAUGCCUGCCUCCAGAGACAGAAGCCAUCAUCCCAGAUUCCAGGGGUCUGUUCAAUCUGGAAACUUCUGUAAUCAUCCAAAGGGGGACCCACAGCAAUGUGUCGUGCUCCAUCCAGAACCCCCUCCUGGACCAGAAGAAAGAGUUCGUGAUCCAGAUCGCAGAUGUGUUUUUACCAGAAACGUCCCCCUGGAAGAGAGCUUUCCUGGGCACUCUGGUGGGCCUGCCACUCCUCCUGGCUCUCUUCACCACCCUGCUGCUGUACUUUUUUCAGAAGCAACGGAAAUCUCAAGAAAAGUUGAAGAAGCAGACAGAGAAGGAUAAAGAGAAACUCACAGCACAGCUGGGGAAGCUUCAGACAGAGCUUGACUGGAGAAGGACGGAAGGCCAGGCUGAGUGGAGAGCAGCCCAGCAAUAUGCAGUGGAAGUGACCCUGGAUCCGGCCUCUGCGCACCCCAGUCUGGAGGUCUCCCGGGACUGCAGAAGCGUAUUCUCCCGUGCAGAGAUCCUGGGUCCUGUGGCUGCUGACCCGCAGCGGUUCUUGGAGCAGACCUGUGUGCUGAGCCGCGAGCGCUUCUCCCAGGGCCGCCACUACUGGGAGGUGCAUGUGGGCCACCGCAGCCGCUGGUUCCUGGGUGCCUGCCUGGAGGCGGUGCCUCGCGUGGGGCCCGCCCGCCUGAGUCCCGCCAGCGGUUACUGGGUGAUGGGGCUGUGGAACGGCAGCGAGUACUUCGUCCUGGACCCGCACCGAGUGGCGCUCACCCUGCGCGUGCCGCCCCAGCGCGUGGGCAUCUUCCUGGACUAUGACCAGGGCAAGCUGUCCUUCUUCAAUGUGAACGACGGCUCCCACAUCUUCACCUUCACUGAUGCCUUCUCGGGGUCACUCUGCGCUUAUUUCAGGCCCAGAGCCCAUGAUGGCAGCAAACAGCCGGAAUCGCUCACCAUCUGCUGGCCGCUGGUUAAGACACAAGUGUCUGAAGAGAACAACAGUGACUUCUGGUUACAGCCCUAUGAUGCCUCGGACCCGGCGCUGGGCCUGUGGUGAGGGGCUCUCUCAUGGCAGCGGCCCGGGUUCUGGGAGGCUUCCUGAUGCCUGCAACUUCCUCUGCUGAGCAAAUACACCAACUCCAGUGUCCGCGCCAAAAUGUCAGCAAUGGCUACAGACUCAGGCCAGCAGAAGGGGGACGAAGAGAAGGGCUUAGCCCAUGUAGAUCUGCACAUGCAUGUGUGUGGUUUCUUGGCAUAAGAGGCAUUGUCAAAGCUCAACUGUAUGUGUUAUAAAAUUCAGCAAAUGAGUAAAAAUAUGUUGAAGUUGCCUGGCACCAGGUGGGAGAAAAGAGGAAGAAAGAGAUUGGAAUGAGGAAG